ACACAAACAUUGUUUUCAGAAAGCCGUUUAGUUCAAAGGCUGAUGUUUGUGUGGUCACUCCGCCUCCGUAGCAAAGCGGGAACGUCUGGAUCGAAGAAGGAGCACACACCUUUUCCUGAGACCUCUCGAUUUCUUUGUUGUAUCUUGAUCUCCAAACGACGGCGAAGGUUAUCGUCGAACUUUGGUUUCUUCGAGGAGUAGUCGAUUCGGUUUUGUACGAUACUCUGUAUGCCUAGUCGUAUAAUCGUGUUCUUCCUAUUUCACAUCCAGAUGGUACAUGGAGAAAUUUUGAGAUUUUUUAUGGAGGUUUGAGCGGCGAUUCACUGUUUACCUGGAAAAAAAAACUAAGCUUAGCUGAGGGCCACUAAUUUUGCAUCAGAUGGAGGAUCAUCCAUGCUCACACUUCCAGGAGAUCAAAUGAGUUGAUAUUGGUGGCCCAUGUUAUACUGGAAAAUUUUUCUUUAAUGGAUGGAAGCAUAGUUGAAGUGAUUGGCAGCAAGGGCUGCUCAAGGCUCUUCUUUAGCACUAUUGAUUCUAUCACAAGCAUUAGAAGUAUGAAAUCCUCAGAGUUUUUGUCUUCAUCUCUUUCAACCAUUUCCGGGUCUGUUGGUCCUGCUAAAAUGGGACCCUUUACUGGUCUUGUCAUAUGUGUAACUGGUCUCUCUAAAGAAGCAAGACAACAGGUCAUGGCUGCAGCAGAAAGGCUUGGUGGUCAGUACAGCUCUACAUUGCAUCCCAAAUGCACGCAUCUUGUUGUCCAGAGCUGUGUUGGGAGAAAGUUUGAGCAUGCAUGGAAGUAUGGGCAAAGAAGCCGUCUCUUUGUUGUUACUCUGGGUUGGUUUGUCGACAGUGUCAGGAAGAAUAUGAGGUUGAAUGAAUCACUAUAUAUCAUUAAAAAUGUUGGAGAACAUGGCUUCCCAUUAGUGGAUUCGGAUGUAUCUUCUGCCCUCCCUGGAACUGAAAAGUCGUGCCUUCCGCUAGCACAUAUUGAUGUUGAUAAAUCUUCCAAUAGGAUCAACCAGACAGGACAGCUUUGUCAACAGCCUCUACGAAAUGAAUGUAGCAGUGGAUCUCUUUUUUCUAACGAUUUUAUUUUCAUUGAUCCAGAUGUAUCAGUUGAAUUGAAGAAAAAGGUUGUUGAUGCUGCUAGUAGGGAAGGUGCGAAGUUCCUGGAUCAUUGGUUUAUAGGUUCUCCAGCAAGUCAUAUUGUUUGUGAGAGCCCUUCCAUUCAGAAGUAUAUUGGCUAUGCUAAUAGCCUUGUGACGCCACUAUGGGUUUUCAAAACUGUAAAGGAGAAGUGCUUGCAGCGGCUAGUGCACUUAUCUUCUGAUCUAGUUAGGCAGGUUGCAACCAUUCUCGAGAACAAUCAGAUCAAUCAAAUAGGAAAGGAGACCCAUGAGGGACUAUCUCAAAUUGUAUCACAUUCUUGGAAUUUUCAUGUUUAUGGGAAAUAUAAAGAUUCUCUCGAGGAGAGACAAAAGUGUGCUGAAUUGGCAAAAAUGGGUGUGAGGAAUCGUCGUUCCAGAUGCAUGCAAUCUUGUCAGAUGCCACUUCAUCCUAUUACUCCGAGCAGCCUGCUUGAAUCAGUGUGCUGGUCAGUAUCAGAGCCAACUUUCUCGGCCAGCAUCUUCACAGAAUCCUCUGAGAUUGAUGACGCUAAUUCAGUUUUUUAUGAUGCUCGAGGGGAUGGAAGGGAUUCUGAAGCAUCAAUUGAAUCCUGUUCUCGUGUGUUAAGAGAAAGUGAGAGAAGUGAGGUGAUAUUUAGGAAUCAUUUCCUUACUAUACUAUUCCCGGUUGAUCGGUUUGGUGAGCUUGGGCCUUCUUCAAGAGCCUUCUUCAGUGAUGGUGGCUUUACUCGCCUACAAGUUUUGGAUCACAUUUACAACUUCUAUCAGGAGAACAUGUCUGCUGAUGAGAUAAAAGUAGCAAUACACACUGACUCCAGACAUGCUGACAGGCUUCGAUCCCUUUAUGCCAGCAAAGAAGCUAUAGAGCAGGGUUUUGUGCUGUUCCGACGGUUAGAUUUUUUAGGCAGCAGGAGGCAUUUUGAGGCACUGAAGCGAAUCAGCGGCCAAAAUAAUAGCAAUUGCUACGAGCUCCUUUUGCGAGCUUGAUUUUCUCAUCAUUUUCUCUUCUGUACGUAGAAAAAUAAAAUAAAAUAAAAUGAAAAUGAAGAUGUAUACACGAAUAUUGAAUAAUAAUUUAGAAACCUUUCCGCCUGUGUAGAUUUGAUGUGUGGCAAAGUGUAUUCUGUGAGAAGACUUCAAUACAAAGAUUU